CUGUGUGUGUGUCAAUUGUCAUAAAAAAUAUACACAAGCGUCAUUUGUUAAACUACUUGACUUGUCUCUCUUCAACAAUUUGUUAUUUAUUUUUGUUAUUAUUUAUAUAUUGUUUUUAAAAAUGAACCAAUGGAUAAGUUUAAUUUUAUUAAUGGGCUUAUUUUUUACACUAAGCAACGCCCUCGAGUGUUAUGUUUGUGAUAAUCAAGAAGAUAAUAAGCACAAGUGUCUACAAAGUAUCAAAACAUGUGAACAAGAUGAAGAUGUUUGUAUGACUGAAGUUAAAUGGGGAAGUGCUCCAUACUGGACUGUUGGUGCUAAAAAACAAUAUUAUAUAUCAAAAAAAUGUGCAACUGAAUCACAUUGUCGAAGAAUACGUGAAAAAAAUAUGCCUGAUUGUACAUAUCUUUGGUAUGUCGAUUGGAAAUGUUCAGAAUGUUGUCGAGGUGAUCGUUGCAAUUAUUUUAUAUUCUCAUCAGCAAGUAAAUUCAGCAUAUCAAUGACAAGUUUAUUAACAGUGACGUUAUUUGUACAUAUUGUCAAAUUAUUUUGACUCAAAUGGACCAGGGAUUAAAUUAUUUCCCUUUGAAUUUAUCACUGAUAACAGUGGUAUUAUUAAAUAAAAAAUAUUCCAAGUCACAUUUAUCAACAAUCAACAUGACCAAACAGGUCAGCAAACUUAACAAUUGCCUUGAAAUAUUUUAAUUAUUUUUUAUUUCAAUUUUACAAACAAAUCCGUCCAAAUUAUUAGACAUUAAUUUUAAUUACUAUUAUUAGCUUUUAAUCAAAUCCGUCCACGAUUUUUAUACAAAAUAAUAUUAAAAUAUAAUAAUUUAUUUUUCAUUUUUAAUGAUUAAUAAAAGUAGAUUUAUUUUAUGUAAUUAUUAUGUAUUGAUUCAUUAAAAUAUUUAAUGAUUUAAAUACUCAAAAAAAUAUAUUUUAUUUGUAAUAUUAA